CUACAUAGCAUCAAGAAUACCUAAAGGUUUUUUAAGGCUUCUUUCUCUCUUUCCUGUCUUCUAUCUCUUCAUAAUCCUUCCUUUUAACCUCACCACUGCUCAUCUCUGUGGCCCAACUGCUUUCUUCCUCACAUGGCUUGCCAAUUUCAAGCUCCUCCUCUUUCUUUUGAUCAAGGCCCCUUAUCACCAUCACCAUUGAAGCUUUUCCACUUCAUCUCCUUAGCUUGUCUUCCUAUAAAACUCACCAACUCCAAAAAUAACACUAACCGAUACUCAGUUUCCACUAGAUCAUUUCUUUUAGCCAUUAAAGUUAUUCUUUUUGCUAUUAUUUUUCAUAGCUAUAGCUAUAAACAAUUCAUGUACCCUUAUGUUAUUUUGAUUCUUUAUUGCUUACACCUUUAUAUUGAACUAGAGCUUGUUCUAGCCAUAUGUGCCGCUCCGGCUCGAGCCCUUUUUGGGUUCGAGCUCGAGCCGCAGUUCAGUGAGCCUUACCUGACUACCUCACUGCAAGACUUUUGGGGCCGUAGAUGGAAUCUUAUGGUCACGAGUAUUCUACGUCCGACCGUAUACAAUCCAAUACGAGAUCUAUCGAUUCGUCUAAUUGGGCCCGUGUGGGCCUCGUUGCCAGCUGUCUUCGUGACAUUUGUUGUCUCGGGUUUAAUACAUGAGCUUCUUUAUUUUUAUCUAACACGUGUGAGUCCUACGUGGGAGGUGACGUGGUUUUUUGUCUUGCAUGGAAUAUGUGUGGCUAUUGAGGUGGCGGUGAAGAGGGUGGUCAAGGACAGAUGGCGGUUGCAUCCGGUGGUCUCCGGGGCGUUGACGAUUGUAUUUGUGGCGGUUACCGGUUUAUGGCUGUUUUUCCCUCAGUUAACAAGAAAUGGAGUGGACACGAAGGUCAUUAAAGAAUUAUCAAUUGUAGUAGAUUUUGUUAAGCACAACUUAAGCACUCUUUCAAUGUUUAAUUAGGAUAUAUAGAUUUUUGAUUUUCAAGUCCUUUCCCAUUGUUUUAUGCAGCGAAUUUUUUUUAUUUCAUUUUAAUUUUACU